CCUGGUUGCAUGUGAACGGGAGACUACAUGUGUGAGGGCUGUAAGAGAUUCCCCUCAGGGGAUGGAGCGGUAUAAUCAAGUAUUCUAGGGUUUCUUAAUGUUAUCCAUUCCUUUUCAACCACGUCAAACAAACAGCAUCAAAAUACAGCCUUAAAUCAGGCAAGCCAAUCCCAGCCCAGAGGCACCUCAUGCUCGCCUCUGUCUGUCCUACCCUCCGCUCGACAGCAGGUGGAAGAUCGCGCCCCAGAAACAACAGACUCCAGCCAGAUGUCACUUCGGGAUGCCCAUCGCUUGCUCCUGGGGGCAGCUGCCCUCUUCUUGCUGCUGGGGGGCUGCUCGGGCUCCUCGUCACACUCUCUGAGGUUUCAUGUUGCAAUGUGGGAUUCUGCUGAAGGGCUACCCCAAUUCAUCGGUCAGGGGUACCUGGAUGACCAGAUCUUCGGGCACUGUGAUGAGAAGAUAAGGCAGCCCAUGCCUGUAGUUCCAUGGAUGAAGAAGUUAAUGAAGGACGAUCCUGAGCACUGGAACUUGUACAUUCGGGAUACGGCGCGUCUGGAUGAGACUCUGAGGCAACAUGUGGUGAUGGUUCAGAGAUAUGGCAACCAGAGUGAGAAUUUUCUCUCCUGGCAGGGAAUAAGUGUCUGUAAGCUGAGGGAGGACGGUCAGAAAGUGGGGAAUAUCCGUUAUGGCUACAAUGGGAGGGACUUCCUCAGCUUUGACAAGAACACCCUCUCCUGGACUGUAACAGCCAAUGCUGCAGAGUUCAAGAGGAUGUGGGACACUUUCACAGGCAGUCCUCUGUAUUGGAAGGAAUUCCUGGAAGGGAAGUGCAUUGAAUGGCUAAAGAAAUACAUAAAAUAUUCGAAGGAAUCUCUGCGGAGGAGAGAGCCCCCAGUGGUGAAGGUGCUACAAAAGAUGGACUCCAAUGGCCUGGAGACUCUCAUCUGCCGGGCCUACGGCUUCUACCCCAGGGAGAUCCGUGUGACCUGGAAAAAAGACGGAGAGUUCUUGGAGCAGGAGACCCACUGUGGGGAAGUUAUCCCCAACUCAGAUGGGACCUACCACACCUGGACUGGCUUUAAUAUUGACCCCAAGGACAGGUCCCGCUACCAGUGCCAGGUGGAACAUGUUGGUUUUCCAGAGCCUCACCUCUUUGCCUGGAAGGAACCUGCUUCAGUGGGCCCCAUUGUGGGGGGCAUCCUGGGGGCUGUGGCAGCUGUUGUCCUGCUGGUGGCUGCGAUCAUCUUCUACAUGAAGAAGCAGCAGGGAGGCUACAAAGCAACGUCAGCUGAGGGACCCUCCUCCUCCCUCUGAAGUGACCCUUCAGCACCAGAGAAAUGGUGCACCGCUGCCUGAGGGGCAGUGGUGGUGGAGUGCUGCAGGGACGCAAUCCUGUUACUUUUCCCCCUCUAGGGUCUCAGCAGGGACACAGGGCACUGAGCUUUUUACAUGCCAGCAAUCUUCACCCCCUCCCCUCCCCUCCCCUUGUGGCAGGUUCGGGGACAGAAUGCCAGAGAUUGCCAGUCUGCUCCUCCCAUAUGUGGAAUAUAUGUUUUCCUCUCUGGGGUAAACAGCAGCUUCAAAAGGAGUGUGUGGAGUAGGGUCAGCACCAAGCAGAUCUGCAAGACAAAUCUUGCUGGCUCCACAGCUGUGGAAUCAUCUCCCCGAAGAGAUCUGACAGGAUGCCUCUCUUUCCACUUUGAGGAGGACUUGGCCCCCUUUUAAAUCCAGACUAGAGGUUGGGAUGUAAUUGCGAAUAUGACGGAUAUUUAUACUGUCUUCAAAGGGCUCACAAUCUAAAAAAGAAACAUGAUAGACAUCAGCAACAGCCACUAGAGGGAUGUUGUGCUGGGGAAGGAUAGGGCCAGUUGCUCUCCCCUUGCUAAAAAAAGAGAAUCGCCACUUUUAAAAGGUACCUCCUUGCUCAGUUAGUGGAGGACUGCUAACUGAUUCUCUCCCCCCACACACAAACACACUAUUUGUAAUUACCAUUUUCAGGCUGUUAAGUUUUGUUUUUGCAAAAUGUUCUGGGUUUUUUGGUUGUGUUUUAUGAUUCCUAAUGUCUAAAUGUGUGCUUGCAUUUCAUAGAAAAGCAAGAUAGAAAAUAAAGAAAUGAAUGGAA